GUGAGAUCUCUCUCUCUCUCUCUCUCUCUCUCUCUUUUAUUUUUCAAAAUUUGAAACACUCCGCCAUUCCGUCUCUCUUCACGCGCCACUCUCUCUUUCAAAUAACCCAAAAAUCCCCCUUCUCUUCCUUCUCCCCAGAUUUGAGAUUUCAGUUCUUGCUCUAUCUCGACCCAACCCCCAGAUUUAGAGAUUUAUUAUUCACCAACAAAAGAAAAAAAAAACAAAUGGACUCUCUUCCUGAUGCGCUCCUUCAAUACAUUCUUUCCAACAUGACCGCUGCAAAAGAUGUGGCUGCUUGCAACUGCGUCUCCAACCGAUGGAAAGAGUCUACUGACUCUGUUCAGAAAAUUACAUUCCUCCGGAAUUCUUUCGAUAGCAUCAUCUCCAAGACUGAUGAUGAUGAUGAUGACACCAUCUCCAAGACUGUUGAAUCUGACACCAUCGUUCGCAAGAUGAUUUCCUCUUUCCGUCGUCUUGAGGAGCUUGUGGUCUACAGCCCAUUCUCUAGCUGUGGUCUAGCUUCUUGGAUGACGCAAGUGGGUUCUUCUCUUAAGCUAUUGGAGCUGAGAAUGGAUAAUCUCGCUAGCGAGGAUGCUAUUGUAGAGGGUCCUUUGAAGCUUGACUGCGUUGGCGUGGCUAAGAAUUUGGAGACUUUGAGGCUUUGGGGUGUUUUGAUGAUGAGCCCUCCCAAGUGGGAUAUGUUCCCUAACCUUCGCUGCCUCGAAAUAGUUGGAGCAAGAACUGAUGAUGCCACACUGUGUCAUGCUCUCCGUGCAUGCCCGAAUCUGAGUAACUUGCUUCUGCUAGCCUGUGAGGGAGUUAAGUCCAUAUCGAUCGAUCUGCCAUACUUGGAGCACUGUAAGCUGGAUUUCUAUGGACCAGGUAACAGCGUGCUAGUCCUCACUAGUCCGAGGUUACUGCCCCUUGAUGUUCAAGGCUGUAGCUUUAUCCGAGUCCCUGAAACCAGAUUCUUAAAGACCCUAUCCAUCUCCAAUAUUGCUGGGAGAGUUUACAUGGUAGAUUUUCAUAACCUUUCCUCGCUUGAGGACUUGUCGAUUCGGGGUAUACAAUGGUGUUGGGAUGCGUUAUGCAUAAUGCUGCAGCAAGCAAGAGACGUGAAGCGUCUCUUUAUGAAGGUCGAGUUCACGGGCAAUGAGUCCCUUCAACCUUUUCCUGAGAUUGAUUUUGUCGAGUUCUUCAAUAACCAUCCAAAGCUUCAAACAUUCGACAUCCAUGGAGCAAUGUUCGCUGCACUUUGCCAGAAGAACAGCCUAAAGAAGCUUGAGACAGGAUUUGCAAUACCGUGUUUGGAGGAGGUUACUAUCACAGUAAGAUCUCCACUGAACGCAGAACAGAAGAUGAACACGCUCGAGUCGCUUGUGAGAUAUGCAAGAGUUUUGAAACGAAUGGUGAUAAGGAUUCUUCGGAUGAAGAGCAAUCACAGCAGUGCAGAUGAUUUCUGCGAUGACAUCUGCAAGUUCCGGUACAUGCAUCAGCAUCUUGUUAAAAUUGAAUGAAAUAAUUCUUUUACCUGCUAAUCUUAAAAUUUCGGCCAUUGAUUUCUGUUUCUCAUUGUAUUCGCUGAGCAUUUCUAGUUUGAACUCUUGGGUAAAAUUUUUGUUUCCUGAUUCAUGGUUUUGAACUUUUGACUCUAAUGCCAUUUUAGAACUUUUCCCUGCUGUUGUUGUCUUUAAAAGGAAUGAUAUGAACACAUUUGGUUUUACUGU